AUGGCUAUGACGCUGCCUCCAGGAGACAACCUGCGGUGGGAAGAGCACAAGAGCAGAGUGGGAAACGCUCGGGCCUACGUCACAGACUUGGAGCAGAACGUGGCGUUUGUCACUUCCGGAGAGUACUCCCCUACCUUGGUGAAGCAUGGCAAGUUGGUGAGUGUGACGCAGGAGACUCACUUCAUGCCUUGGGAGCUGCACUUGCUCAUGGGCGAUCCUGUGUAUCCUGGCUGUGGCUCUGAGGGCUUCCGCUCGCCGAUGAUGGAGGCCAAGCAGCGAAACAUGCUGAACGAUCGCGAGGUGAAGUCCAUGGCAGGAAACGGCAUGCAUGUCGCAGCAGUGGGGACUGUGCUGUGUUACGGCCUCGCCUGCCUGGAGCAGAUCGGCACCGCGAGCUCCUGUGACGACUUGGGACUUUUCACGUAG